CCCUUCCCCCAGCAUCUCCUCCAAUGCUCUUGAGUCUUUCCUCCCCCAGCCAAGAAAGGAAGGGGGUCCCCUCUCCCUUCCUCCCCCAGCCCUAUGGGAAUCCGAUGAGGGCCCCUCGAGAUCUGGAAGACCACCCCCAGCAGCAUCCUUCCUUUGCCCCUCAUUGCAAAGAAGAGGCGUCCCUGGUGUCUUCUUCGCUGCAGCCUUGGUAGAUCGGGGCCUCCCUGUCAUCCUUUGCAAGGGAGACCAAGAAAGGAAGCUGUGAGGGUUGCUGAAGAUGUCAGAGAGCCUGGAUACUGAAGAGAAACCUCCAGCUCCUCCAUUGAGAAUGAACAGUAACAACCGCGAUUCUUCAGCACUCAACCACAGCUCCAAACCUCUCCCCAUGGCUCCGGAAGAGAAGAACAAAAAGGCCCGGCUACGCUCCAUCUUUCCAGGCGGAGAUAAAACCAACAAGAAGAAAGAAAAAGAACGUCCCGAAAUCUCCCUCCCGUCAGACUUUGAACACACAAUCCAUGUGGGGUUCGAUGCUGUCACCGGGGAAUUCACACCAGAUCUCUAUGGCUCACAGAUGUGCACAGGGAAGCUCCCAGAGGGGAUUCCUGAACAGUGGGCCAGGUUACUGCAGACCUCCAACAUCACAAAACUGGAGCAGAAGAAGAACCCGCAAGCUGUUCUGGAUGUCCUCAAAUUCUACGAUUCCAAAGAGACCGUCAACAACCAGAAAUACAUGAGCUUUACAUCAGGAGAUAAGAGCGCCCAUGGAUAUAUUGCAGCCCAUCCUUCGAGCACAAAAACAGCAUCGGAACCCCCACUCGCUCCCCCUGUAUCUGAAGAAGAGGAUGAGGAAGACGAGGAAGAGGAUGAUGACAAUGAGCCGCCACCAGUUAUUGCCCCACGUCCGGAGCAUACUAAAUCAAUUUAUACACGUUCCGUCAUUGAACCUGUCGCUGCACCAGCCCCACCUAAAGAACCUGCAACCCCCCAGCCUGAGAACUCCAACACAAACACUUUGUAUAGGAACACAGACCGGCAACGGAAAAAAUCCAAGAUGACCGAUGAAGAAAUUCUAGAGAAAUUAAGAAGCAUUGUCAGUGUCGGAGACCCAAAGAAGAAAUACACACGGUUCGAAAAAAUUGGGCAAGGGGCAUCGGGUACAGUUUAUACUGCAAUAGACAUUGCUACGGGGCAAGAGGUGGCUAUAAAACAAAUGAAUCUCCAACAGCAGCCCAAAAAGGAAUUAAUAAUUAAUGAAAUCUUGGUCAUGAGGGAAAAUAAGAAUUCAAACAUUGUUAACUAUUUAGACAGUUACCUUGUCGGUGAUGAACUUUGGGUAGUAAUGGAGUAUUUGGCUGGCGGCUCCUUGACGGACGUUGUUACAGAAACGUGCAUGGAUGAAGGGCAGAUAGCGGCUGUCUGUCGGGAGUGCCUGCAAGCUCUGGAUUUCUUGCAUUCCAACCAAGUGAUCCACAGAGACAUCAAAAGUGACAACAUUCUCCUUGGGAUGGACGGAUCUGUCAAACUCACUGACUUUGGCUUCUGUGCUCAGAUCACUCCUGAACAGAGUAAAAGGAGCACAAUGGUGGGGACCCCUUACUGGAUGGCACCCGAAGUAGUAACAAGGAAAGCGUACGGCCCCAAAGUGGACAUCUGGUCUUUAGGCAUCAUGGCAAUAGAAAUGGUGGAAGGAGAGCCGCCAUAUCUGAACGAAAAUCCUCUCAGGGCCUUGUAUUUGAUAGCUACAAAUGGGACCCCAGAACUCCAGAAUCCCGAGAGACUAUCGGCUGUUUUCCGAGACUUUUUGAACCGCUGUCUUGAGAUGGAUGUUGACCGACGAGGUUCUGCAAAGGAGCUUUUACAGCAUCCAUUUUUAAAACUGGCCAAGCCGCUCUCCAGUUUGACUCCGUUGAUCAUUGCAGCGAAGGAGGCGAUAAAGAACAGUAGUCGCUAGCGCCUGGAGAAGCGCAUGGUGCCUGCUCCUUCCUAGCAAGGCUGAACGAAGAAGGAAAUAAACUGUUGAACCUCAGACUCUUUCUGCUGCAGGGCAGUUGGGCGAGAAGAACCAUCGCGGUCACAGUCGAAUUGGGGAGGGAGGCAGCGGUCCUCUGCCCUUCCCCGCAGAAGAGAAACUUAUCACAUGUCUUCUCCCCUCUCUCAGAUCCCUUAAUUUAUUUCUUAAGGUGAAUAGGAGCUUCAUAGACAGAAGCAGGGCUGGAAGCUUCUUUUGCUCUUUCGCCCAUUAUAUUUUUUUGGGGGGGGGGCGUCAUUGGCACCGCAUGAAGGCUCUCCACAUUCACUGGGACAGGACUGGCAGCCUAAGAGGCUGGCAUCUCUUCUGAGCCUUCUCCCCCCGCCGUCUCCUGUUUUGGCUUUGAAACUGAAGUAAGGUCCUCUUUCACUCCACCUGUUGGGAAGGAUCCCAACCCGUUUGCUAGCUACUGGUCGGUUUGCCUGUCAUGAGAUGAGGAGGAUCACGAGGAAGCUUGCUUUAUUUAACCAAAUAAUAAUGAUGAUGAUGAUAAAUAAGAAUUAAUAAACCAAGAAGCAGAUCAA